CACAUAAAACGCGGCGCUGCCGGCGGAAUCCCCGGCUUCUGGGGCGGCGAGUGGCCGGGCCGGCUGCCGAGCGUGCGGGGCGGGAAAGAAGAGUUGAGCUGCCGCUCCGGCUCCGGCGCCGGGCUCGCUCGCUCGCUCGCUCGCUCGGUCGGUCUGCCGGGCCGCAGCCUCGCGGGCCGCCCUCCCGCGCCUCGCCAGCGGGCACCCUGGCUGUGGGCACCGGCGGGGCGCGCGGCGCGGCACCGCUGGGCGGCGGCAUGAAGGUCACGUCGCUCGACGGGCGCCAGCUGCGCAAGAUGCUCCGCAAGGAGGCGGCGGCGCGCUGCGUGGUGCUCGACUGCCGGCCCUACCUGGCCUUCGCCGCCUCGAGCGUGCGCGGCUCGCUCAACGUCAACCUCAACUCCGUGGUGCUGCGGCGGGCCCGCGGCGGCGCGGUGUCGGCGCGCUACGUGCUGCCCGACGAGGCGGCGCGCGCGCGGCUGCUGCAGGAGGGCGGCGGCGGCGUGGCGGCCGUGGUGGUGCUGGACCAGGGCAGCCGCCACUGGCAGAAGCUCCGCGAGGAGAGCGCCGCGCGGGUCGUGCUCACCUCGCUGCUGGCCUGCCUGCCCGCCGGCCCGCGGGUCUACUUCCUCAAAGGAGGAUAUGAGACUUUCUAUUCGGAAUAUCCUGAAUGUUGUGUGGAUGUACAACCCAUUUCACAAGAGAAGGUUGAAACCGAGAAAGCCCUCAUGAGCCAGUGUGGGAAACCAGUGCUCAGCCUCAGCUACAGGCCAGCCUAUGACCAGGGCGGCCCGGUUGAAAUCCUCCCGUUCCUCUACCUUGGAAGUGCCUACCACGCGUCCAAGUGCGAGUUCCUCGCCAACCUGCACAUCACGGCCCUGCUGAACGUCUCCCGGCGGCUUUCCGAGGCCUGCGCCACCCACGUACACUACAAAUGGAUCCCCGUGGAAGACAGCCACACAGCCGACAUCAGCUCCCACUUUCAAGAAGCAAUAGACUUCAUUGAUGGUGUCAGGGAAAAGGGAGGCAAGGUCCUGGUCCACUGUGAGGCUGGGAUCUCCCGUUCUCCCACCAUCUGCAUGGCUUACCUCAUGAAGGCCAAACAGUUCCGCCUGAAGGACGCCUUCGACUACAUCAAGCAGCGACGGAGCGUGGUCUCCCCUAACUUCGGCUUCAUGGGCCAGCUCCUGCAGUAUGAGUCUGAGAUCCUGCCUUCUACGCCUCAGGCUCCCUCCUGCCCCGGGGAGGCAGCCGGCUCGUCUUUCAUAGCCCAUUUGCAGACACUGAGCCCUGACCUGCAGGCUUCCUACUGCACCUUCCCUACCUCGGUGCUGGCGCCCGUGCCCACCCACUCAACAGUCUCAGAGCUUGGCAGGAGUCCCAUGGCCACGGCCACGUCCUGCUAAACCCGGGAUGGGGGAGCCGGCCCAGCCCCAAGAACAACUGUGAUUCUGCUUUUUUUUAAACUCGUGGACAUUUCAUACCUGUGCAAUACUGAAAACCUCACUCUGUCCCGCUGCCCUAGCGGGACAGUGAGCGGUCACCAGGCUUGCAAACGAGCUUCAUGCUGACAGUGGGGAUAGGUUUUGGGGACCGAAGGAAGCCCAAGCCAUGAUGAGAGCACAGUGUGUGCCGACUACUGUACUUCCAGACCCCCUGCCCUCUCAGGACCGCCCGGGCCCUGCACCUCCAAGCUCGCCUUUUCAUUUCAAGCGCAAGGCAAUAUAUACCCACGGCAGCGUGGGAGAGAGCAGUUGCUAGACCGGGAGAAAAGGCAGUGACGAAGCCAACUCGUUUUGAAGGAAGCACAAUUUCCACCUUACUUUUUGAACUUUGGCAGUCUCUGUAUCUGUUGCUUCAGGGCAUAAGCUGAUCACCGCCCAGUCAGGAAAGUAACCCCUCCAGGACUUGGAAGGAUGCCAUCUAGAUGCUGGCUUGAACCCUCCCGCGUGUUUCCGAGACUCCGUCUUGGGUCCGGGGUGGAGGCGGAUGGUUGAAGUAGCGAGAUGUCGACCUACCUGGGUGUCCUUUCCACUGUGGGUUCUUCCCUGACUUCGGACUUCGCAUGAUUCCUUAUUCAUACUUGAACCUUUCUCGUUGCCCCCUCUCCUCAAAGCAUCUCUUGCGUCGUUGGAAAAGAGUUCUUCGGACCUUAGACCAAAAAUCACCCCUUUGAGGGGGCGACAGCGGGUGCCAAGAGACCAAGGGACCCGCCGCGUCCGGGUCAGUGGCGUUGACACGAUGGUCUCCCCAGCCUGCCGUCCUUCAUGUGUGCUUGUCUUGUCUCUUGUGACACACGUUUUCUUCUUCCCUGCCCCUGGGGGUUGUCUUCAAGCUGUGGACUUCUGGGGUUUGCAGAUUUUGUAUUGUGGUACUUCUUUUUUGUCCGUUGGUUCUUUCUCCAGGGGAAAAGGCAAUAAUUUCCUAAAAUCCAUAUGAAUGUGAAGAAAAGCAGUAUGUUACUGGGUGUUGUUGUUGUUGUUUUUUAUAGUGCAAAAUAAAAAGAUGAAAAGAAAAAA